UGCCGAAAACCCUCCGCUGCUCAGCUUUUAUCCUCUCCGCCGGUAAAAAAUUUCAGUCCCCUCUGUUUCUGAUACUUUUGUCGUUGAUUCCUCUCCGAUCGCCAUAUUUCCCAGUGGCCCGUUCGCCGGAAAGAUCGAUCCAGAUCGCCGUGGAAGAUGAAGAAUCCGGCGACGGGAUUUAUUUCCGAUAUCUGUUGCUUAAAUCAUUUGCCGUAAUCAAAGAGUGGCCAUGACGUUCUCGUGUCAUUACGUAUCUCGGGGACUUUAAUCCGUAUCUACAAACCCUAGAUUAAAGCAAUCCCUUUUCUCUCUCUCGUUUUAUUUUUUUAUUUUUUUUUCAUAACUUUGCCCUGUUUCGAAGUUAUUCCCUGCUUUCUUCGGCAAUUUGAACCAUAGUUCUUUAAAUAAUCGGAGAUAGGGUUUGGUAUUUUCUCGGUCAUUUUGUCUUUUCUUUUCUCUUUUGAUCUUUGGGCAAUUGUUUUUGUCUCAGUUUUCUGUUCUUGUCCAUCUUUUUUGUUUGGUCUGGAAGCGAGGAAAAAUGUCGCCGAGGAUCUGUCCUGUUUCAAUACUCUGAAAAUUUUGUUGAAAUUGGAGAAGAAUCCCUCUUUUUUUUUUAGCGAUAAUAAUGCCUUUGCCCGUGAAAGUUCAACCGAUCGCCUCUGAUAUAUCGGAGGAGCUAACUUUACCGGAGCCGAUGAGGCAGAUGCCGAAAUCUAGGAUUAAGCGUCUCUUCGACCGUCAGUUCACCGGUGUCCUGAAGAACUCCGCCGCGACAGAGCCUCCGCCUCCGCCUCCGCAGCCCCCGCCGCCGGCGCAGCCACUCUCCAGAGGAAAUUCUAGCGAGUUCGAGCCGAGCUCGGUCUGUCUGGCGAAGAUGGUUCAGAACUUCAUCGAGGAUAACAACAACAAUAACAGUGAGAAACAGAGGUACGGCCGCAACCAUUGCAGCUGCUUCAGCGGAAGCGGGACCGACAGCUCCGACGACGAAUGGGAACCUGUCGGCGGCGGUUUCAAUUCUUCCGGCGAAGCUUGUGAGACCCUCAAGAGUUUGGUUCUUUGUACGAGUAUCUGCGAGAGGAAUUUGUUGACCGAGACGGCGAAGAUUGUGGAGAAAAAUAAGAACUUGAAGCGAAAAGACGAAUCUUCCUGGAAACUCUUGGCCGAUGGUUUGGUGGGUUUAGGAUAUGAUGCGACUUUAUGCAAAUCUCGCUGGGAGAAAUCGCCUUCUUGUCCUGCAGGAGAAUACGAGUACGUGGAUGUGAUAUUCAAAGGAGAGAGAUUUCUCAUCGACAUAGAUUUCCGAUCAGAAUUCGAGAUCGCCCGCCCGACCAAAUCCUACAAGUCGAUCUUGCAGAUUCUCCCUUACAUCUUCGUGGGCAGAGCGGAUCGGCUGCAGAGGAUCAUCCUCAUCGUGUCCGAAGCCGCAAAACUGAGCCUGAAGAAAAAGGGUUUACAUGUCCCCCCAUGGAGAAAAGCCGAGUACGUCAGAGCCAAGUGGCUGUCUCCCAACUCUCGUGCGGACCAAACCCAGAGUCUGUCCGAGGCGCCCACUGUUACUAAGCAGAACCCAUUUGAGGAAAUCGCCGUUUGGGAGAUAUGGCGGGGAAAGGUGGGAAAGGGCUUGUAGCUGCGAAGACAACGGCCGCAAACAAGGACAAAGAUAAGGAUAAGAAGAAACCCAUCUCUCGGUCUGCUCGCGCCGGUAUUCAGUUCCCAGUGGGUCGUAUCCACCGGCAACUCAAGACCAGAGCCUCUGCUCACGGGAGAGUCGGUGCCACCGCUGCAGUUUACAUGGCCUCAAUUCUCGAGUACCUAACUGCAGAAGUUCUGGAGUUGGCUGGGAACGCGAGCAAAGAUUUGAAAGUGAAGAGGAUAACCCCAAGGCAUUUGCAGCUCGCCAUCCGAGGAGAUGAGGAGCUCGACACUCUCAUCAAGGGUACUAUUGCUGGAGGAGGUGUCAUCCCUCACAUCCACAAAUCCCUCAUCAACAAAACCACCAAGGACUGAGAUUAGAAAACGUGUAUUCGUCUCUUAGGGUUAAGUGCUUUGCUAAUUUCGUGACUUGUGGUGUUUGUUCUUAGUGUUGGACUUCAUUCUGUGUGUGUGUGUUCUUUCUUUCUUUCAGACAUGAUCCUCUCUGUAGGUGUACAUGGCUUAAUCUUAAACUUCUAGGCCUCUCUUUUCAGCUAUGUUGUCCCUUGUUGAAACGAGGAAUUACGUUAAUUGGUGUUUUUUAUGAACGCCCCUGUUCUUGUGA